UCAAUAGAUAUAUUUAUAUUUUAUAGAUAUGUGACACAACUAAAUGCAUCACGCUAAAUGCCUUGGACAUAAAAAUUAAUUCAGUUGAAUUGGAUGUUAAUGGCGAGAAAUUGCAGCCAAGCAAUAUUUCAUAUUCCACCGAUAAUGAGACUGUCACGUUAACUUUUGAUCAGGAACUACCAGCAGGGGCCUCUGGCAUUUUAAAAAUGUCCUUUGCCGGAGAGCUUAAUGAUAAGAUGAAAGGCUUCUAUCGUAGCAAGUAUUUUACACCUGGUGGCGAAGAGCGCUAUGCUGGCGUAACUCAAUUCGAAGCUACUGAUGCUAGACGUUGCUUCCCCUGUUGGGAUGAGCCCGCAAUCAAGGCAACAUUUGACAUAGCACUAAUUGUGCCACUGGAUCGAAUUGCUCUUUCCAAUAUGCCAGAAGUCAAGGAGGAAAAUUUAGGACAUAAUUUGCGCCGCAUAAGUUUCGAUAGGACACCAAUUAUGUCUACUUAUUUGGUGGCGGUUGUGGUUGGCGAAUACGAUUAUGUCGAAGGCAAGUCGGAAGAUGGCAUAAUAGUACGAGUUUUCACGCCUGUUGGCAAGAAGGAGCAGGGCAUUUUUGCGCUCGAAGUAGCCACAAAAGUAUUGCCGUAUUAUAAAAGUUAUUUCAACAUUGCAUAUCCAUUGCCAAAGAUGGAUUUGAUAGCGAUUUCCGAUUUUUCGGCCGGUGCGAUGGAGAAUUGGGGCCUUGUAACAUAUCGUGAGACAUUUGUAUUAGUGGAUCCGAAAAAUACCUCACUUAUGCGCAAGCAAUCGAUUGCUUUAACUGUGGGCCACGAGAUCGCACAUCAAUGGUUUGGUAAUCUGGUUACCAUGGAAUGGUGGACACAUU